AUGAAGAAAGUUAACACACAAGAAGUAGUAGAUGAUGAAAAAGAGAUCUUGAACGAUCAGCCAUUGCCAUUCACCAAGCUUUUAAGCUAUGCAGAUGCACUGGAUUACACUCUAAUGGCUCUUGCAUCCUUGGGCUCCAUCAUCCAUGGGCUUGCUCAGCCACUCGGUUAUUUACUGCUUGGGAAAGCCAUAGAUGCAUUCGGGACUAACAUACAUGAUGAUGCUAAUAUGGUUAAAGCCCUCAAGAAGGUUAUACCGUUUGUAUGGUACAUGGCGUUUGCUACAUUUCCCGCAGGAGUUCUAGAAGUAGGAGGGUGGAUGUAUGCAAGUGAGAGACAAGUAGCACGGAUGAGACUCGCAUACCUGAAAGCGGUUCUUAAACAAGAGAUUGGAGCUUUUGACACAGAGUUAACAAACGGAAAAAUCAUCACUGGGAUUAGUAAUCACAUGAGUAUCAUACAAGAUGCAAUUGGCGAGAAGUUGGGCCAUUUUCUUUCAUGCUUCGCGACUUUUUUUACUGGAGUUGUGAUAGCUUUUAUAUGUUGCUGGGAGGUCGCGUUGCUCACUUUAUUGGUUGUUCCCAUGAUUCUUGUAAUUGGAGCGACUUAUACCAAGAAAAUGAACUCCAUUUCAGCCACAAAAGCAGCCUACUUGUCAGAAGCUACAGUAAUGGUAGAACAGACAGUUUCUCAGAUUAGAACAGUGUUUGCUUUUGUUGGAGAAGGUUCUGCAAUAAAAUCGUUCUCAGAAUGCAUGCAGAGACAAUUGAUUAUUAGUAAGGGAGAAGCGUUGAUUAAAGGAGUUGGAACUGGUGUAUUCCAGACGGUGACGUUUUGUUCUUGGGCUUUAAUUGUGUGGAUUGGAGCUCUUGUUGUUGUAGCCAAAAGAGCUCAAGGAGGCGAUGUUAUAGCUGCAGUUAUGAGCAUCCUCUUUGGAGCCAUAUCAAUCACAUAUGCAGCACCAGACAUGCAAAUCUUCAACCAGGCAAAAGCCGCAGGAAAAGAAGUGUUUGACGUGAUAGACAGAAAAUCUUUGAUAAGUUAUGAUUCAAAAGGGGAGAUUAAUCUUGAAAAGAUUAAUGGAAACAUCGAGAUAUGUGAUGUUCAUUUUGCUUACCCAUCACGCCAUGAAAAAAUGAUUCUACAGGGAUUCUCCUUAUUAAUCCCCGCAGGAAAGGUUGUGGCUUUAGUGGGUAGUAGUGGUUGUGGUAAAAGCACCAUCAUCUCUCUGGUUCCAAGAUUCUAUGAUCCUGAAAAAGGUGAGGUCUUCGUUGACAAUCAUAAUGUCAAGAAUCUUGAUGUAAAGUUCCUACGAAAAAAUAUAGGAGCUGUUUCGCAAGAGCCAGCACUGUUUGCUGGCACAAUCAAGGAUAACAUGAAGGUAGGAAACAAAUAUGCCGAUGAUGAACAGAUCCAGAGAGCAGCAACAAUGGCAAAUGCACACACUUUCAUAUCCCAAUUACCGAAUCAGUAUUUAACAGAUGUAGGACAAAGGGGUGUACAGUUAUCCGGGGGACAGAAACAGAGAAUUGCAAUUGCAAGAGCUAUAUUGAAAAACCCUCCGAUUCUUUUGCUUGAUGAAGCAACAAGUGCACUUGAUUCAGAGUCUGAAAAGCUGGUUCAAGAUGCACUCGAGAGUGCAAUGAGAGGAAGAACAGUCAUCUUAAUUGCACACAGGAUGUCCACCAUUGUUAAUGCGGAUAUGAUUGUAGUUGUUCAAAAUGGACAAGUUACAGAGACAGGAACACACAGUAACUUGCUACAAACCAGCGAGUUUUACAGCAACUUAUUUAGCAUGCAGAACAUCAACACAGAAGAUGACGUAUCUUCCACUAAGGAAACAGAAAAGAAAGAUCAACAGGUUUCUGAAGAACUCGUGCAACUUGAUACACCUAUAGAAACUAACAAAACCCUAAAAGAUACACCCAAAGAACAAGAAGAUGGGAAUGUGGAAAGAGUUGAAAAAAGGGAAAGAGAUAUAUUUUUCAGAAUCUGGUUUGGCUUAAACAACCAAGAAUUUGUCAAGAUUGCUGUUGGCUCUUGUGCUGCUGCUUUUUCUGGCAUCUCAAAGCCUGUUUUUGGCUUCUUUAUUAUAACAAUCGGAGUUGCUUAUUAUAAACAUGGAGCUAAAGAGAAAGUCGGAUGGUAUUCAUUACUCUUUUCUGCAAUCGGUUUGCUUUCGCUUUUCAGCCAUACUUUACAACAUUACUAUUAUGGAGUAAUUGGAGAAAAAGCAAUGACAAACCUCCGAAAAGCUUUAUACUCGGUGGUGCUUCGUAAUGAAUUAGCAUGGUAUGACAAGUCUGAAAACAGUGUUGGUUCACUUACCUCACGAAUCAUCAAUGAAACAUCAACAAUCAAGACUAUAAUAUCUGAUCGAAUGGCUGUAAUUGUGCAAUGUAUUUCUUCGAUCUUGAUAGCUACCAUAGUUAGCAUGAUUGUUAACUGGAGAAUGGGUUUAGUAGCUUGGGCUGUGAUGCCAUGUCACUUCAUAGGUGGUCUAAUUCAAGCUAAAUCUGCAAAAGGGUUUUCAGGAGACACAGCUGCAGCACAUUCAGAGCUUGUCUCCCUUGCUUCUGAAUCUGCAACAAACAUCAGAACUGUCGCUUCUUUCUGUCAUGAAGAACGUAUACUGGAAAAAGCUAAAGUGUCGCUAGAUGCACCAUUGAAAAGGAGCAGAAAGCAAAGUCUCUGGUACGGAUUCAUUCAAGGUGUGUCCCUUUGUUUAUGGAACAUCGCACAUGCUGUUGCUUUAUGGUAUUCGACUGUUUUAGUUGAAAAAAAGCAAGCUAGCUUUGAAGAUGGGAUUAGGUCAUACCAGAUUUUUUCACUUACUGUGCCUUCAAUCACAGAGCUAUGGACUUUAAUCCCCACUGUAAUCUCAGCUGUAAAUGUAUUAACUCCAGUUUUUCAAGCCCUAGAUCGAAGAACAGAGAUUGAACCAGAUGAAACGGAGAACCCACCUUCUAGAAAGAUCAUAGGAGAAAUAGAGUUUCAAAACAUCCAUUUUAGCUACCCAUUAAGACCAGAAGUCAAGAUACUCGAUAAUUUCACUUUACGAAUUGAAGCUGGAUCAAAGGUGGCGUUAGUGGGACCCAGUGGAGCAGGAAAGUCGUCUGUUUUAGCCCUUUUGUUACGAUUCUAUUGUCCACUACAAGGAUUGAUAUUGAUUGAUGGAAGAGAUAUAACGACAUACAAUCUCAGAAACCUAAGGAAACAAAUAGGGUUAGUACAACAGGAGCCUUUGCUUUUUAGUUGCUCAAUAAGGGACAACAUCUGUUAUGGAACAGAAGAAGCUUCAGAAAGUGAAAUCAUAGAGGUGUCAAAAGACGCGAAUAUUCAUGAAUUUGUAAGCAAUUUGCCAGAUGGGUAUGAUACUGUGGUUGGGGAAAAGGGGUGCCAGCUGUCAGGAGGACAAAAGCAACGAAUUGCAAUUGCAAGAACACUGUUGAAGAAGCCUGCAAUCAUGCUUCUUGAUGAAGCAACAAGUGCCCUUGAUGCAGAAUCUGAAAGGGCUGUGGUGAAUGCUAUGGAAUCAAUCAACCGGAAAGGGAAUGGCGGAUUACAUUCCACUCAGGUUACAGUUGCACACAGGCUUUCGACUGUUGUACACUCGGAUUCCAUAAUUGUGAUGGAAAAAGGUAAAGUGGUGGAAAUGGGAACACAUUCAGCCCUUGUUGCAGCAUCCGAAGGAGUUUAUUCUAGAUUUUACAGGAUUCAGAGCAUGAAAAAUUAG